AGAAUGCAUUGCUUCCCUAUUUCAAACUGUGCAAGCAACUCCACAGCCUAUUCCAACCCAGGUUACUGGGACAAUACCUGAGUGGAUAAAUGGCAGCCUGCUGCGUAACGGACCUGGCAAAUUUGAGUUUGGGAAGGACAAAUAUAACCACUGGUUUGAUGGAAUGGCGUUGAUGCACAAAUUCACCAUUCAGAAUGGUACUGUGACCUAUAUGAGCAAAUUUCUUGAAAGUGACUCCUAUAAAAUAAACCAAAGUCAAAAUCGAAUUGUGGUCUCUGAGUUUGGAACAUUGGCAAUGCCGGAUCCGUGCAAAAGCGUAUUCCAGCGCUUCAUCUCUACCUUCGAACUUCCAAGCGUUACUGACAACGGGAAUGUCAAUUUCAUGCAAUACAAAAAUGACUUCUAUGUCAGCACAGAAACUAAUCUGAUGCACAAAAUAGAUCCAGAAAUAUUAGAAACCAAAGGACAGGUUGAUUGGAGCAAAUAUAUUGCUGUAAAUGGGGCAACUGCGCAUCCUCAUUAUGACCCUGAUGGGACAGUGUACAACAUGGGAAAUUCCUAUGGAAAACAUGGAACAAUGUACAACAUUAUUCGAAUCCCUCCUCAGCGGUCAGCAAAGGAAGACGCCAUACAGGGGGCAGAGGUGGUGUGCGCCAUACCAGCCGACGAGAGACUCAAACCAUCUUAUUAUCACAGCUUCGGAAUGACGGAAAACUACAUUGUGUUUAUCGAACAGCCAAUCAAAAUGAAUUUACUUAAAAUUAUCACUGGCAAAAUAAGUGGCUCUGCUAUAUCUGACUGCAUAACCUGGGAACCAACGUAUGACACAGUAUUUCAUGUGAUCAACAAGCAAACCGGGGAGCUGCUCCCUGUGAGUUUCCGUACCAGGCCGUUUGCAGCAUUUCAUCAGAUCAAUGCAUAUGAAGACCAGGGCUGCAUAAUAAUGGACCUCUGCUGUCAGGAUGAAGGAGGAGCUAUUCACAUCUACCAGCUGCAAAACCUACGCAAAUCUGGGCAAGCUUUAGAUGAGGUCUAUAAUAAAGUUGCGAGGCCAUUUCCGCGGCGAUUUGUUUUACCGCUGAAUAUCAACAGCAACACACCAGUAUAUAAAGACUUGAAUCAUUUAAAUUAUACAACGGCCACUGCAGUUAAACGAGCCGAUGGAACGGUGUGGUGCACUUAUGAAAGUCUUCACAACAAAUGCCUGGAGGAACUGGGAGGCUUAGAAUUUCCACAAAUCAACUACUCCAUGUAUAAUACCAAGAAGUACCGCUACUUUUAUGGAUGUGGAUUUCAACAUCUUGUGGGAAGCUCAUUACUAAAAGUGAACGUAGAAACGAAGGAUCUGAUGAUUUGGCAAGAAGACGGGUUUUAUCCCUCAGAACCAGUAUUUGUACCCAGGCCCGGGGCACAUGAAGAAGAUGAUGGGGUAAUCCUCUCUGUGGUAAUUACUACACGUCAGGACAAAAGGAUUUUCCUGCUCGUUAUAGACGCUAAAACCUUUACAGAGAUUGGCAGAGCUGAGAUUUCUGUGCACGUGCCUUAUGGAUUCCACGGUGUCUUCAUACCAAAUAAACCAUGAAAUGUUCAUUCUUCUGAGUAAACUGUAUCUUCCAGAAAGCCAAAUGAGCCUACCAUGUUUUUAGGCUUUCUUAGCCCUAAUCUA